GGGACUGAUUUCGUUGGUACUCCACCCGGAAGUAGUUCCUCAAUCAGUUAACAUACAUACACAGACACACAAAAAAGACGAGAAAAAACAUCGGCCGACAGAAAAAAGGGAAGAGUUAUACUAUAAAUAAACACAAGGAGAUCGGUUUCAUAAACAGUAAAUAUGAAUAAAUUAAAAAGUGAAAACGUUUUUUUAACGUAGAACUAAUUGAAACUGUAUCGAGCGAACGGGGCCUACCUACUUCAUUAACAUUUUUAGACCCCCGGUUUGAUUUUUCCACUGGCGAGAGGGAAAAAAUAAUAACAGAGAGCCCGCAAUUAUUAUCUUUUGUUUUAAUUAAAAUUUUAUCGAGAAAGUGUAGGGGAAGAAAUACAAUCGGGAAGUUACGAUGUUUUAACGUAUAGCCUAUACUAAUAUGCUCGCUUACAGUUCGCGCCAUAUCAAUAAAUAAAAACCGUACACGUAUUAUUAUUAGUAUUACCAAGCUACAAAAAAUGGAAUUGUGGCAUUUUUGAAGAACGGAUGCAAAAUUUACAACCGCAGUCUUUCUUUUUCAGAAGCAUUGACUCCUCCAGACCAGCAGAGGGAGCUGUGAACAAAGAUAGACACAGAAAGAGAGCGAGAGGGGAAGGAGCUGCAAUGGAAACCAGUGGCUCCAGCGGACGAAACUCCAGCGCCGCCAGUAGCAGUACUUCCAACACGACAGCAAACUCCAGUAACAACACUGCCAACACUAACAGUGCAAGCGGGACCAAUUCUUCCAGUACUGGCCGCGGCGGGACCAGUGGAAAUACCAGUACAGUCGGCUCCGUCCCCCCCUCCCAGUCUGCCAGCGCCACAGACUGGGAAAUGCUCCAGUUUGGCAAGUACUCCAUGGAUAUACUGGAAAUGCUCAACAGCCACCAGCACCACCAGUUCAAAAGCGGGAUUUCUGGGCUCGACAGACAGGACCCAGGCGGACUGGCUAACCUGACAGGGCUGGGACUAGGGAACCUGCCAAACAUGCGCCCCAUUUUCUCUGAGCAGCCACAGCCCGGCGGCGCGGGGUUCCCUAAAAUGCAGCCUGUGACGCAGCAGCAGCCACCCCGCAAAUCGAAAGCGGGGGAUUCGCGUUACCAGCAGUUUCUGAAGUCUGUGGCCCCCUUUCACCCCACGGACCCUGGGCUGAACCAGGACUCCUCCCUUCAGAGGUUCCCCAAUGCCGGGGGCUCUACUGGGGCUGGCGCGGACCUGUUUGGCUCUGGCCCACCUCCGCUGCACCCAAGUCUGGCCCUCCACCAGCCUGGCCUGGCUGCAGGGGGUGCCCAGCACCAGCUCAGCGGGCAGAACAACAUGGACCCGCGGAACCUGCACCAGCAGUUCAGCUGCAUGCUGGCGGCCAAUCAGUAUUUCCUGUCAGCUCCCAAUUCCAACCUGGAGCAGUUCCUGGUUGCCCAGCAGCAGAGCUCUUCACUGGGCUUGGGGCUGAACCAGCACAGCCCCCAUCUGAACUCCCAGCACUCCCAGAACCACCACCCUGACUCCCAGCAGCACCAGCACCAGCAGCAGCACCAGCAGCACCAUCAUCCCUCUGGCAUGCACUCACACCCCAACCCCCAGCUCAUAACUGCCUCCUCCAAUGCAGGCUUUGAAUUCCAGGGCUUGCAAGGGAUCCCGGUGCUGUCCUCUAACCAGCUCGCCGCUGCCCUGAUGCAGGAGUCUAAUGCCGUGUGCCACCCCAGCCUGCUGCCCCCACCGCUCGUCACCGUGCCCAAGGACGAGGCCCCCAAAUCGGAAGGGGUCUGCGGGGGAGGGGGGGGGAGCGGGGGUCGGAGGAAGAAAGCCAUGGCCGGCUACCUGCCUCAGAGAAAGGCCGACAGCAGUAGCAACGGCAACAACAAUAAUAAUAAUACUACUAACGACGCCGCUGCUAAUGGCAGCCCGCACACGGGCUCGUCCAGCCCUGCUGGCAAAGCUUCCCAAGAGCUUCUUUCCCGGGAGGAUGUCCCAGACCCGGAGAAGGAGCGCUUCUACCAGUGCGGAGAGUGCGGGAAAAGUUUCACACACCUGUCCAGCCUGCGGAGGCACCUGCGGAGUCACGGUUUGGUCGCCACGACGACGGCGCCAGCUCCCGCUCCCAACCUCCCCAUGGAAGAUGGUCAGGCUGGAGCAACGGCUCCGAUCUCCGCGGAAGGGGAAUCGGAAAAGUGCCACAAGUGCUCGGAGUGCGGGAAGGGGUUCAAGAAGCGUGGGCACCUGCUCCAGCACCGGGUCAUCCACUCAGGGGCCCGGCCCUUCGCCUGUGCGGUGUGCCAGCGGGCCUUCAACCGUCGCGAGAGCCUUACCCGCCACGAGAAGAUCCACGAGGACAAGCCCUUCCGCUGCCAGGCCUGUGGCCGCUGCUACCGGGAGGCCACGUCACUGCUUAACCAUCGGGCUUCGGGCAACUGCGGCAAGCCUCCCCGGAGAAGUGCAGGUGGAGCCCGGACCCAGCCGGAGCAGCCCCCCCGGACGCCCCUCACCAUCGGGACUGACGGGCGCUAUGGCAGGGCCAGGGGCAGCGAGGGGGAGCGGGGCGGCAGGGAGAAGGAAGGACAGGGGAGGGUGUUUAUUAUAAAAGGCGGUUUGGACGGGGAGUCCUUUGCAGUCCCUUCCUCCUCCAGCGUCAGCCCUUUGGUUCUUUAUAGAGGACCUUCGGAGGCUAGCAGAGGGAUGAACGAGAGCGCCAGCGAAAGGAAAGUCGAAGACAAUGGCCAGCAGCUUUACAGGCAGCAGGAGGGGAGCGGGAAAGCUGGAGGGACUGUUUCCUCUUCCUCCUCCUCAUCCUCCUCCUCCUCCUCCUCCUCCUCCUCCUGUUCUUCAUCUUCCUCUGCCGUCUUGUUCCAAACCAGAACCUCGCAGUCUUCCUCCCAAAUCGACGACUCUGUCUUCAGGCCUGAUUCCCUGCACUACCCCUCGGCCCAGCAGCAGCCCCAUGCCGCGAGACGCUCUGCGUUCGCCUUUCGAGACGGGGUGAUAGUGGAGGAAGCAGAGAGAUUCCGGCAGCAGACCUCCCAGCCCGGCCCAGAGGAGGGCAAGGAAAGUGGGGGAGAAAUAGGGAGAGGCACCAGAGCUCCUGUGCAGUACUUCCGAGACACGAACCUAAACCCCAACCCUCAACAACAACAGCAGCAGCAGCAGUACCUAAGAAAAGUGCCCCUAGCCCCCAACCUCCACCCCCACCUCCCCCUCUCCUCCCUCCUUGAGGACUCGGACCAGGAGGAUGACAACAGCAGCACCAACAACGCAGUGGCGGCCGCCAUCUCCCUCCUGCCUCCCGGGGACGAGGUACCAGGAAGAGGGGGGGCCGGGGGAGAGGAGAGGAGGGACAUUAUCGGAGGGCUGCUGGGAGGGCUGGGGCUCAGCGGACUGGGAGCUCUGGGGGGGCUUGGGCUGGGAGCAGAGAAGGGGUACAGGGGAGAGGACUUAAGGAUGAAGAGGAAAUCGAGGAGAAAGGAAGGGGGCGGGAGGAAAGUGAAGGUGGAAGGGGAGGGGGGCAGCGGGGGCAAGGAGAAGCUGUUCCUGUGCAGCGUGUGUGGGAGGGGGUUCAGCAGGAGGGAGACACUGAGACGCCACGACAGGAUCCACACAGGGGAGAAGCCACACCGCUGCCCUGUCUGUGGGAAGUACUUCCGGGAGGCGUUCCACCUGUCCAAGCACCGCACCGUGCACACCGGGGAGAAGAACUACAAGUGCUCCUCCUGCGGGAAGGACUUCGGCUAUGCACAGAGCCUGAAGAGACACUCCAAGCUGCACACGAGGACCGACUACGCCGCUCCCAACAACAACAACAACAACAACAACAACAACAACAAUCACACUGCUGCUUUGGCUCCUACCACUGCUAGUCUAGGUCUGCAGGGCUAUUUCCCCUACCCGUCUGUCGCAGCCCCUGUCUGCUCCUCCGCUAAUCCUGCCUCCCUUCAGGAUUUAACCAAAACCCGGGCCUUCACCUGCCAGAUUUGCUGGAAGAGUUUCAAGCACUCUUUUCACCUGACUGCGCACCAGGCCGUGCACACCAGAGAGAGGCUGUUCUGCUGCGAGGUCUGCGGGAAGUCUUUCGGUUACGCCAACAGCCUGGCGAGGCACAGGGCAGCUCAGCAUGCCCGGGGGAAGAGUGCGGGCCCCGCCAGCGACGGCACCAGUGGCUCUGCAAUCUCCGAAAGCCAGGCUGCCACCGAUGCCCUGCUGCAGCUCUCUCCCCCGAACCCGACUGGCAUCCCUUUCUUCGUCCCAUCGAAUCUGAGGGAGCCAGUCCCGAACCAGGUCGGGGGUGACCCCUUGAUCAGGACUCCAUCUGGCCUCUCUUACGCCCCGACCCCGAACCCCGACCCCUCAUUGCUGAGCUACGACCCCGGUUUCGCCUCGCAGGGGAAGAAGAAAGCGCUGCGGGUGAAGAAGAGAAAGGCCAAGAGGAAGAGUAGGAGGAACGGGAGGAGCCACAUCGACAAGCGCUUCCCCUGCACCGUCUGUGCCAGGGCCAGCUUCCCACGGCUCUCCCAGCUCCUGGUUCACCGCUCCUCCCGCCACUCCGAGCCGCAGGACGGGCGGCUGGGGCGGGGAGCUGCCGGGCGGAGGUGGGGGUGCCAGGGGUGCCGGCGCGGGUUCAGCAGCUUCCUGCGCCUCCUGGGGCACCGCGGCUGGCACGUGAAGCAAGGCAACCAUGGCUGCGGCAAAUGCCAGAGGAAGUUCUGGAACCGACAGCUGCUGGAGAGACACAGGGAGAUGUGCAUGGGAAAGCAGCGCAGGAGACUGAGGGGGAGGGGGAACGGAGAGGACAGGAGAGGGGAGGGGGAGAGGAAUCAAACUUGA